AUGGAAAGCCCGACGGAGAACCCGACCAGGGCUGCGGAAUAUCUGAAGGAGCUCAACAGGAUCAUCGAGACGCAGCAGGAGUUGCUGGAGAGGCAGCGGGGACGCAUCGAGGAGCUGGAGCAGCAAGUGUCCGACUUGUGCACGGAGAACGUGUGUCUGAAGGAGCAGUACCAGCGACACCUGGCCACCUGCAGGCUGCUGCAGGGCUCCAGCAGCCUGAGCUCACUGGCAGCCAUCAAGGAACACAACACACAGGAGAAGUCCGAGUGUGACACCAGGAUGGUCAGGAGACACGCCUCCCUACCUGUCCAAGUCACAGAGAAUCCUGGGAGGUCGGCGUCCGCGGGCUGCAGAAGAGCUGUGCCCUGCCACAAGUGGAAAUCUGCUUCCUUUGGUGUGGAAGGGGAUGGACGGUCCAAUGAGAGUGGCCCUUCCCUGGACGGUGGAGCCAGCUAUGGCCAGGGUCCGGUGACCCACGGCUCGGCCAUCAGCCCCGACAGAUUUGACAGCCCGCUUUACAGCCACGGGGUCCAACCUGGCCCUCAGAGGCCCCGUCGGCCCAAGCUUCAGCACUCACAGUCCAUCCUCCGUAAGCAGGCUGAGGAAGAGGCCAUCAAGCGGUCCCGUUCGCUCUCCGAGAGCUAUGAGCUCUCCGCUGACCUUCAGGACAAACAGGUGGAGAUGCUGGAGCGCAAAUAUGGUGGACGAUUCAUAACUCGGCAUGCAGCCCGCACCAUCCAGACAGCUUUCCGCCAGUAUCAGAUGAACAAGAACUUUGAACGUCUCAGGAGCUCCAUGUCUGAGAACCGAAUGUCCAGACGCAUUGUUCUGUCCAAUAUGAGGAUGCAGCUGUCGUUUGAGGGUCCUGAGAAAGUGCACAGCUCCUAUUUCGAGGGGAGACAGGUGUCCAUGACGGAAGAUGGCACACCGCUGUCCAUGGUGCAGUCUGAAUGUGGAGAUAUAGAGGUUCACCAACAGGCUAACAUGGUGUCUCACCCACCUCCGCAGAGUGACCUAACCGACGCCAUCACGGAGCUGGAGGACGCCUUUUCCCGGCAGGUCAAGUCUCUGGCUGAGUCGAUAGACGAUGCACUGAACUGUCGCAGCCUUCAGGGGGACGAGGGCCCUGACCCCGACACCAUGGGCUGCUCCGAGGUGGAGAGGAAAGUGCCCUAUCAGGUGAAGUCCCACCGCAGGGCAGCUGGACGCAUGCACGAUGAAACCAUGGCAUCAUAUAGUGAUGUCACUCUGUUCAUCGACGAGGAGGACAUGUCCCCCUCUAUCGCUCUGUCAAGGUCAGGGGAGCAACCUUCCAGCACAGAAUCAGACUUGCGGUUGCGGUCAGUCAACUCCUCGCAGGAGUACUGGCCUAUUGACCCUAAAGAUGAGGGCCGUGACACAGACACUAGCUGCCGCAGCACUCCUUCUCUGGAGUGCCAGGAGCAGCGUCUUAGAAUGGACCAUCUUCCUCUGUUGACCAUUGAACCCCCUAGUGACAGCUCUGUAGAGCUCAGUGACCGCUCUGACCGGGGCUCUGUCAAACGGCCGCCUGUGUACGAGCCGCACGGCCACAUCGUAACGUCGUCCCAGGCGAGCCCUAAACACAUUUCCCACGGACCCCCGCUGCGAGCUCCGUCCCGUGACGACGACGCACCUCUGCGCCACCGCCACCGCCAGCUGGAGAGCCACCUCGCCAUCAACGGCUCGGCCAACAGGCAGAGCAAGUCAGAAUCCGACUUCUCUGACGGGGACAACGACAGCAUCAACAGCACGUCCAACUCCAACGACACCAUCAACUGCAGCUCCGAGUCGUCGUCGAGAGACAGCCUCCGAGAGCAGACGCUCAGCAAACAGACUUACCACAAAGAGACCCGCAACAGCUGGGACUCGCCCAUCUUCAGCAAUGAUGUGAUCCGCAAGAGACACUAUCGCAUCGGCCUGAAUCUCUUCAACAAAAAGCCAGAGAAAGGCAUCCAGUACCUGACAGAGAGGGGAUUCAUCCCUGACACGCCGGUCGGUGUGGCUCACUUCCUGCUGCAGAGGAAGGGCCUGAGCCGGCAGAUGAUUGGAGAGUUUCUCGGCAAUCGGCAGAAACAGUUCAACAGGGAUGUCUUAGACUGCGUGGUGGAUGAAAUGGACUUCCAGAGCAUGGAGCUGGACGAGGCCCUCAGGAAAUUUCAGAACCACAUCCGUGUGCAGGGCGAGGCCCAGAAGGUGGAGCGGCUCAUCGAGGCUUUCAGCCAGCGCUACUGCAUCUGUAACCCCACAGUGGUGAGACAGUUCAGGAACCCCGACACCAUCUUCAUCCUGGCCUUCGCCAUCAUCCUCCUCAACACCGACAUGUACAGCCCCAACGUUAAGCCCGAGAGGAAGAUGAAGCUGGAGGACUUUAUCAAGAAUUUACGAGGUGUGGACGAUGGAGAGGACAUACCCAGGGAGAUGCUGGUCGGUAUCUAUGAGAGGAUCCGCAAGCGAGAGCUCAAGACCAAUGAAGACCACGUCUCACAGGUGCAGAAGGUCGAGAAGCUCAUUGUGGGGAAGAAACCGAUUGGAACCCUCCAUCACGGCCUCGGAUGUGUUCUGUCGCUGCCUCAUCGUCGGCUGGUGUGUUACUGUCGCCUGUUUGAAGUGCCAGAUCCCAACAAGCUCCAGAAGCUGGGCCUCCAUCAGCGGGAGAUCUUCCUGUUCAACGACCUCCUUGUGGUAACCAAGAUUUUCCAGAAAAAGAAGAACUCGGUGACGUACAGCUUCAGACAGUCCUUCUCUCUGUAUGGGAUGCAAGUCAUGCUGUUUGAAAAUCAGUAUUACCCAAAUGGAAUCAGACUCACAUCAGCGAUACCAGGUGCGGACAUCAAAGUCCUCAUCAACUUUAACGCGCCCAACCCCCAGGACCGCAAGAAGUUCACAGAUGACCUACGAGAGUCCAUCGCAGAGGUCCAGGAAAUGGAGAAAUACAGGAUAGAGUCUGAGCUGGAGAAGCAGAAGGGGGUGGUGAGGCCCAGCUUGUCGCAGAGCUCCGGACUGAAGAAGGAAGCGGGCAACGGCAGCAUGAACCGCGCCAGUCUGGACGACACCUACACCAUGGGAGAGGGCCUGAAGAGGAGUGCCCUCAGCAGUUCCCUGCGAGACCUCUCCGAAGCAGGCAAGCGGGGGCGUCGCAGCAGUGCAGGAUCACUAGACAGCAAUAUGGAAGGGUCCAUCAUUAGCAGUCCGCACACACGCCGGAGAGCCACCACGCCGAGAGAGGGCGCACCCCGCAGCCAACCCCCCAGUCAAGCCCCAAUCCCUAACUCAGCAUCAACUUCCAUACUGGGAUCGCUCUUUGGAAGCAAGCGAGGCAAACCACCAUCCCAGAACCACCCCCCUUACCCUCAAGCCGGCCAUCCCACCCUCAUAUCCCACAAGCCCCACCCGACCAACCUGCACCACACAGCACAGUCGACGCACCCGGUGCAGGCCCAACACCAAGGUCACCAUCCGCAGUACUGCCAGGUCCCACAGAACCCGCCGCCUUACCACCACCACCACCACUAUCACCCCCCUCCCCACACGCAGUACCACCAGCACCCGACCUACGCCUCACACUCACACCAACACGCCCACCCACAGCACAGCCACUAUAGCCAGCAUUCCCAUCACAGCUCACACUCCCAGCACGCCGCCCACCACCACAGUCAGCAAACGGGUUCGGCACCUGGCGGACCCAAACCCAAACACAGUGGCAUCAGCACCGUAGUGUGAUGCUCCGAACACAGAGAGGAGACCCAAGGAGGGAACUUAAUGAAGGAGGGACAAUUGCUUACACCAAAGGGACUGACAGCAUAACUCUAUGGCCUGUCCACUGUGUUUUACUGCUGCUGUGAUGGGAACCAGUCACACGCAGUCACCUGUUUCACCUCCGGGUCCAACUAAUAUGCAGGAUGGAAAUCGGACUCAAAUCUUCCACCAGGGGCCUUUACUAGUUUGCCUGAUCGUGGGCUUGGCCCUAUCAGGGUCUUGUGGGUGGGGGUGGGUUCUGUACAGGAAGAUGUUCUUUAUUUUCCACACACACCCCCCCGGCCGUGACGUCAAGUCGCUCCCCACUGCCUCCUCCCCUCAAUAGCCUCAAUAACCUCCCUCUUACCUUCACAUAAUCAGGAGGACAGAUGACCAGAGAUGAGAAAAUGGCCGACCUCUUUCUCCGUCACAAUGAUAGCAUAAAUUCUUGUGCACCACCUUUUCUGAAGUCAACUUUCAACUCUUUGCGUUGCAGAUCCUUCCACCAUACGAAUGCUCUUUGUUGUUGCCUCCCUCAUAUGUAGUGAAGAACGUAGGUAUAAUCAUUUCACACUAACUGAAAUCAAAGGACAGGUGUGCAACCAAGUGGACCAUCUCAGUCAUAGUAGUUCUAGUGCUGUAUUUACUGUAGAUUACAGCUAUACGUGUUGUCUCCUAGCUCUCAUAAAUAAAUGUGCCAAUUAUUAAUGCAUAAUCUAUUUAGUCAAGACUUCAUGUACAGUAUAUUGUGCGUAAAGUAAUUUGUAAGAUUAUACUUACAAUUAUUAUUAUUAUUAUCAGCAAAAAUGAAUUUUAUCAGUAUUAUACUGACUCUGUGGUAAGGGGACAUAGAUCUGGAAGGAGUGAACUCCCAUUCAGUCCAGCCUAAUCAAUUCUGGAAAGGUUUUGCCUUUCAAACGGAUCAGACGGAGCCUCUGGAUGGCAGCUGUUGCAUAUUCGGGCCCCAAAAUGGCGUGCUGUCACAGCGGAGGCCUCAAUGCAGACUUCCUGUCAACUCUCUCGAAUGAUAAACAGGCUGAUUGGUUGUUUUAAUCUCAGUUUACUUCUCGUACUGUGGCUGCUCGGACUGUAAAAAAAACAAAGUGAGGAAUAUCAGGAGUGGAAAGACGCGUUCAUGUUACGAGCACAGAGCGUGUUAAACACGUGAAGUCUGUUGCCUUUCUCAUAUACAACAGCUGCUCUCUUGACUCUUAAAAAAAAUCAAAACACGGAAAAUAUCUUUUCAAAUCUUAUUUUGCCUUGUUUAGCAUUUUUUUUAAUUCACCAACGAGGUUUGGUGAGAGAAUAAAAAUCAGUUCUUACAUAGUGAAGUAUUUUUUUCAUCUUUUUUCUAUCAUGUGUGCAAUAUCUUUGUACUGAUUUUGUACAUUAAGAACAAGCAAGGUGUCCCUCCAAUUUGUGUGUUUUUCAUGUAACGUCAUUAUUUAUUUAUUUUUGUUUUUGACCCCUGUCAGAGUCUUUCGGUAAAUUAAUGUGCGGCUGUCCUCGUGAUCUCAUGAGGAGGUACAGACUUGGAGUUCAGUGAAAUUUCUAGUAAGUUUUUCCUUUGGUUUUGCAUGUAAUGUUAUUGACGUGAGGCUAUCCUCUGCACAUUGUAUAACAAAUCAGUGUUACCAUAGCAAGUUUAAGUGCAAUCAUGUUCAGAAAAUUCAGACUUGUACCGAAAGUGGAAGUAAGUCUGUUAUCUUGUUGUCCAGGAU